AUGUUCGUGCUUCGAAAUGUUAGCAAGCUCAUCUUCGGAGGAGGCGGCCAGGAGUCGAUGAUCGAGUUGCCCCAAGGACAACUGUACCUUGUCAGACCUUUGUCACCAAAAGGAUACUCCGAACUUAUCUUCAAAGACGCAGCCGCCCGAAUCCGCAAGACUGCCCAGGACUUUCAGUACCAGCUCGUGGUGCAGCGUGUAUAUGAGGAGGGUGAGGAGGAACUGCUUGCGGAAGAGGAAGGUGAAGAUGCUGCGAUUGACGCACUUGCCUCCGACCGUGACGAAAAGACGUUCCUUCUCGACGAGGCGCUUGAAUUCCGAGUCGAGAACAGAGAGGGCUCUGAGAAGGUUCUGUGUUGGAGAGAUCUGAGCGGCGAUACGGGGGAUGUGUACGAAUUCGUUUGCGAUCACUCCAUCCAACCCACCCAGGUGGACCAGUUCGAACUCGUUGCGAAGCAGUGCCAAUACGAGCGGAAGUACAGGAAACCAUUCACAACCGCGUCCGACGAAGAUCUUCGCCAAUUUGAGUUCGACGGCCAACCUAUCCCACAGGCCAGCCCUCUACAUUCACCAACACUCACGAGAUCGAUCGAAUCCUCCGACUCCAUGUUUCUGAGCAAGACUGCCCCAAACACGGGUGCAAAGCGGGACAAGAUUCCCCCACAAGAACCCUUGGACAGCACACCGACUAGAAAAGGCAAGAAUACACUCCCACCUAAGUCGGCUGCGCAACCCGAGGCUCGCGAGAUUCUUGCUCUAGAAAAUGCAGAACUCCAUUUCUUCGAUUUUCCUUCAGGUGCAUUCGUCCAGCAGGAUGCCUCAGUCACCGCAACGGUCUCCGAGGUUGGAACUUGGCAGUACUGGCUCCAGGUUGGCAGCAAUGACCGUGACUGGCUAGGGAUACCUGUUGUUGCUGAUAUCAACCCUGUUUUCAACUUCGAGUUCCUGUCAUUCAUCUUCAACCAGUUCUCAGAUGACGGGUCAGCGUACUCUUGGCUUCUCCGCUUCAAAGACCAGGCGACUCUGGAACGGUUCCAAGAAGGUCUUCUGCGAGCUCUAUGGGAGCAACUGAAUGAGAUCAAGUGGACCAAGAUCAAGGAGCAAGAGCGAGACUACGUCACUGACGCCUUUGCGGAUCUUGCUAUGGAGGACGCUGACGCCAGAGAGGAAGAGCCGGAAGAAGAGAUCAUCGAGGAAGAAGAGGAAGAGGAGGACGAUGACGCAGCUCGAAGUGAGAAGUACGACAGCGAUGAGGAGCAGGAUGAUGUCGAUGUCCUACCGAAAGACAAGGAGACAAAUAAAGCUAUUGCUGUUGGUUACAAGCACGACCGCUCGUUUGUUGUGCGAGGCUCGAAGAUUGGAGUUUUCAAACAUACACCCAAUAACAAGCUCGAGUUUUCGACCAACAUCAGCAAGGUUGAGACGCCUGGUGGGAAGCUUUUCACGCCAAAGAAGGUGAUGCUUCACAACGAGGAUAACAACAUGAUCCUUCAGAAUGAUACCGAUCCGAACAAGCUAUACCGCAUGGAUCUCGAAUACGGCAAGGUUGUAGACGAAUGGAAGGUUCAUGACGAUAUUCCAGUGGUCACAUUUGCUCCAGAGAACAAGUAUGCCCAGAUGACGCACGAACCAACCUUUUUGGGUAUUAGCAGGAAUGCUCUCUACAGAAUUGAUCCCCGUCUCGCCGGCAACAAACUUGUCGAUUCCCAACUCAAGCAGUAUGUGUCGAAGAACGACUUCAGUGCCGUCGCUACUACAGAGAAAGGUUACGUUGCGGUUGCAUCCAACAAGGGAGACGUUCGCCUCUUUGACCGACUUGGCAUCAAUGCGAAGACACAUAUUCCAGCAUUGGGCGAAGCAAUUCUUGGUCUUGAUGUUUCUGCUGACGGUCGCUGGGUGCUUGCCACUUGCCGAACUUACCUUCUCCUGAUUGAUGCGAUGCAGAAGUCAGGCAAGAAUGAGGGAAAGCUUGGCUUCGAAAAAUCAUUCGCUGCCGACUCCAAGCCUCAACCUCGCCGCCUCGCGCUCACGCCGGAGCACGUUGCGCAGUUCGCUUACGAGACUGGCAAAGGCGUUGCUUUCACACCAGCCAAAUUCAACGUGGGUGAGGGCACCGAGGAGACUUCCAUCAUUACUGCUACCGGACCGUACGUCAUUGAAUGGAACCUGAAGAAGGUGCUUAGGGGCAACAAGGCACCAUACAUGAUCAAGCGGUACACGGAUGAGGUGAAGGCGGACGACUUCCGCUAUGGUACGGACAAGAACGUCAUUUAUGCCCUGCCCCAUGAAGUCAACAUGCUGCCCCAGUCCAAGCUCAAGCGCCCGACGCGAGAAUCGAUCGCCGGAGAAUUUGCUGGUGGACGACGAAGCACCAGUGGUGCCGGUCGCAGGACCUCAGGCCGUGUUGGGGGACUAGAUAGUGGACGAUACAAGCUCGGUAAGGACGAUGUCGUCAACUCACCAUAUUAA